ACCAGCGUUCCUAGUCCAAGUGGAGGGAGCCACCGGAGCGUCGCAUCAUUGCAGUAGAGUGCCGUAACCCACCGGAGAGCCCGAACUACCGCACUUCACCGCCAAAAAACACCGCGUUCGCCUGGAGAGGGAGGUAGACAGCAGUGGUUGAUAUUAAAGAGGUUAAGACGACAUUUUCCCUUUAAUGGCUCAUUUUGAAAUCGUAAGCGUUUAAUGGGCCAGUGCUGAGAUUAAGAGGAGGCAACUCGCACGACGUCAAAGGCGUGUUUUUUUUUCAUUCAGUUUGGAGCAUCUUUGAGGACCGCAUCAUCCUUUGGAAUAUCGGCUUCUCGAAAAGCUUACACCUUUCCACCUGCUUCUUGGAUAUAUUUAAUGGAUUACAUGAUACAAGUACUUUUCUCUUGAGAUUGCAUUGCCCGGUUCACUUUGUGGUCCCGCUGUGGUGCGUUGAGUGAGUUAUUGCCCUCGUCCUGCGACCCUGGUCUCUGCGCCCCAUCACCCCUCCUCCUCCUCCUCUUCAUCGCUGAGUGAGUCAGUUCGAAACAGCUGCAUUGAAAAUGUCCGCCCCAGAUGCUGCCGCCGCCGGACCCCCUGGGGCUCCAGGUCCUGAUGGGGCCCCACCAGGCCCCCCCAACACCUCCAGCAACCGCAGACUACAACAGACACAGACCCAAGUCGACGAGGUGGUGGACAUCAUGCGGGUGAACGUGGACAAGGUGCUGGAGAGGGAUCAGAAGCUGUCAGAGCUGGACGACCGGGCCGACGCGCUGCAGGCAGGGGCCUCCCAGUUUGAAAGCUGCGCCGCCAAGCUUAAGAACAAGUACUGGUGGAAGAACUGCAAGAUGAUGAUCAUGAUGGGAAUUAUUGGAGUCAUUGUGGUUGGAAUACUUUUCUUGUACUUCUUCUACUGAGCUCUCGUCCGAUCACCUAGAGACGGACUAACGGACGACGUAAGAUGAGGGAAGAGAGAGAGAGAAAAAAAAAAGACAAGUCCAAGCGCCAAAUCUACUCCUCCUUUUUUCUCCUUCUCCUCCCUCUCUUCACAGUCUUCCAUCCCACACCCUGCAUUCAUACACCCACGAAGUAUGUCCCACCUGUCUCUCUCUCUCUUUCUCUCUCUUCUCUCCUACGGUUUUGACAUGGACCCUCGAUCACAUUCUCCUAUCUUCUCUGCAUAUAAUGCAUUAUUGAAGAGCGUAGCUCAAAGGAAGGAAAGGAGGAAGAGAGGGGAAGAAAGUGAUGGUAGGAGAGAGAUAGAUGGAGAGAAAUGACGGGAUAGAGAGAGAUGGCGGGAUAGAGAGAGAAAGAGAGAGAGAGAGAGAGAAAGAGAGAGAGAGAGAGAGAGAGAGAGAGAGAGAGAGAGAGAGAGAGAGAGAGAGAGAGAGAGAGAGAGAGAGAGAGAGAGAGAGAAACAAAGAUAGUAGGGAGAGGUUAAAGGCGCUCAUGGGAAGGGGUCCAAGAAGAGAAGACAGACCUUGCUCUCUGGGGGAACGUCAGCAUAGGGCAGGAGAAAGAGACACAGGAUAGCCCACAGAAGUCCUGUCUGUCCCUCAUAUGCCACAGCUUGUUUAUUCAACCAUUUUCAGUGUCUGACAUUUGUAAAUUAAUACUGACAUGCCUAACUGACAUUGUCCCCACCCACCCCCGACCCUACCGAUAACAACCAUAAAUACUUACUAAUACAAGUUCAUGGUUAGAUUAAGAUUAGGAUAAUUUUUUGCUGUGCGUGUAUGUGUGUGUGUAUUUGUGAUUCAAGGCGCUGUAGCUAAUAGUUUUUUUUGUUGGUGAUUCAUCAUAUAGAUCCGUCAUUUAUUUGUUUAUUUAAUUUCCUGUGCUUAGUGUCUUUCAUAAUUUCUGAAUGGCUUUAUGUUAAUAAUAACAAAUAAGAUUAAGUGACCAGUAAAGAUGAGGCGGUGCGUGUGUGUGUGUGUGUGUGUGUGUGUGUGUGUGUGUGUACUCUUGUGUGUGUGUGUUUGUGCAUGUGGGUGUGUGUAUAAUGAAAAGACAAAAGUAAUUAAGGUUUAGAAAGACCAUAGUGACAUAUUUUAUUUUCUCCUUCCCAUAUAGUUAAAACUUAAUUUUGAUGUAAACUAAAGCAAUUUUAGAUUGAAAAAAAAUAAAGAAACCUCUAUGAAGCUGCUAUUUCUCGAGUCAGCUCUCCUGAGUCCUGUUGGAAGAGAUCUGCAAACAUGAUGGGCAGGGGGCACAGAAAAAAAGAUUUAAAUAAAUGAAUCAUCAGUAAAAAACGACAAUCUUUCUAACCAGGACUGCUUCGACUUGUGAAGAAAGGUCUCGCAACAUUUACAGCCAUAGCCCGAUCUUAACCCUGUGUUUGUACUGCAGUCGCUCAGAACUUUGUGUCCACUUGUUGUUCACCCUUUGACUCUGCCCCUCCUCCUCUCUGACCCCCUCCACACCAGACACACACCUUGUCACCGAGAGAAAAGGCCGAAGUGAGGUGCUCGUUUCCAACUUGCAUGGCAAGGGUGUCCAUAGUUGUGUGUAUGUGUGUGUGUGACCUGUAUAUCUGCCAUUUCUGAAACGAACUGCCGAUUUAUUUAAUUUCAGUUUGGUAGUUGUUUAAAGGACCUGUGUAUAAAUGUAUCUUUGAUCUAGGUAUUAUUAAUGCGAAUGCAAUGCCAUGAUGCUCCAUAGUUAGGACAAUGUUUGUUUAAUUCACUUGUGUUUUGAGGGGGAAAAAUACAAUUAGUAUAGGGAAAGGAAAUCAAGUGAUACAAUACAACACUGGUUUAGGUCUUCAAAGGAGUCUGGUCAGCUUGGUCACUUCCUGCUACCGAAAGCUGGCUCAAGGUUGUUGGAGGUUUUUUAAUGGUUGUCAGAAAUAACGGAAAGCCAGAUAUCUUUUCCCAAGACUGAUUUUGAAGUGUAAAAAAAAAGCUAAACCUAGUGUUCAUCACAAUUACCUAGUGAUAAUGUACAACACUAUAACUGGGUUAUUACCAUUGAAAUGCAGUGAGAGAUGCAAUUGGAAAUUGAUAAUUCUGUAAAAUUGCAUGCUUACCACUUUUGCUGAUGCCAAUAAAGAACUCAUCAAUAGAA